UCCUCUCUUCAUCUUCCUGCGACACUUUUCCUCCAUCCUCCGCUGUAUCUGCUAGUGUUUUCAUUUGUACAAUGGCCACCAAGGAGAUGAAGAAGUUCACUCGUGACGAGGUUGCCAAGCACAACACCCCAGGCGACCUCUGGAUAGUUGUCGAUGCGAAGGUGUACGACAUUUCGCGUUUCAUGGACCUCCACCCAGGCGGUGCUUCCGUGUUCCGCACAGAGGACAUCGCUGGUCAGGAUGCUACCGAGGCGUUCUACGGCCUCCACCGGCAUGAGAUCCUCAAGCGCCCCCAGUACGCGCGCCUCCAGAUUGGCACCGUCGACGGCGAGGAGAGCGUUAUCUACGGACGCGAGGUCGGGAAGGCGAGCGACGUUCCAUACGCCGAGCCGACGUGGCUCGCGGAGGGUUUCUACAGCCCGUACUUCAAGGAGAGCCAUAAGCGCCUCCAGAGGGCGAUGCGCAAGUUUGUGGAUGAGGUCAUAUAUCCGGAUGCUCUUCCUCACGAGGAGGACGGCAAGCGCCCGAGCGCACAUGUCAUCAAGGCCAUGUCUGACCUGAACAUUCAUGCUAUGCGCAUGGGGCCUGGAAAGCACCUCAAGGGCCUUACUCUGAUGGGCGGUGUUGUUGCCCCUGAGGAGUUUGACUACUUCCAUGAGCUCGUCAUCAUCCAGGAGAUUGCCCGGAUUGGCGCCCGUGGUUACGGUGAUGGUCUUCAGAGUGGUGCCGUUAUCGGUCUGCCUCCCGUCAUGAACUUUGGCUCCGACGAGCUGAAGGCACGCAUCGUCCCUGAGGUCCUCUCUGGCACGAAGUUCAUCUCGCUCGCUAUCUCUGAGGCCUUCGCGGGUUCCGAUGUCGCUGGUCUCCAGACGACCGCGACCAAGACUGAGGACGAAAAGCAUUGGAUCAUCAACGGAACGAAGAAGUGGAUUACCAACGGAGUGUUCUCGGACUACUUCACCGUUGGUUGCAAGACCGACAACGGUUUCACUGUGAUCCUCGUUGAGCGGUCAGAAGGGGUCGAGACAAAGUCUAUCAAGACCUCGUACUCUCCGUCUGCUGGAACAGCGUACAUCACCUUCGACAACGUCAAGGUGCCUGUCGGCAACACGCUCGGGCCCGAAGGCGGAGGAAUCUUUGUCAUUCUUUCCAACUUCAACCACGAGCGCUGGGUCAUGUGCUGCUCCGGUGCCCGUAGUCAACGCGGUAUCGUUGAGGAGUGCCUGAAGUGGAUCAACCAGCGCAAGGCGUUCGGCAAGCCGCUCUCUUCGCAGGCUGUCAUCCGGAACAAGAUGGCGCGCAUGAUCGCCCGCGCGGAGAGCACACAGGCCUGGCUCGAGAACGUCACUAUGCAGAUGUGCAACAUGUCGUACAAGCAGCAGUCGCAGAAGCUCGCUGGGCCGAUUGGUCUGUUGAAGAUGUACACGACCAAGUGUGCGCAGGACACUGCGGAGGAUGCCGUCCAGGUCUUUGGUGGUCGUGGUAUCACCAAGACCGGCAUGGGCCAGUUCAUCGAGCACUACCACCGCACGGUGACGUUCGACGCUAUCCUCGGAGGUGCUGAGGACGUCCUGGGUGACCUUGGUGUGAGGCAAGCUAUCAGGCAGAUGCCCAAGAACGCUCGGUUGUAGGUCUUUUGAUCAAGGUCGAGGGCAUGCACGAGUGUUGUAUGUGGCUUGACAAAACAUAUUUAUCCUGCAUUGAACUCUCUGAUACAUACCUGCAUUUGUCAACGCGUAAAUUUAUUCG